GGACAUUUUUUAUCCAAUUAGCCUUCAGUUUUUUGAACCAAAAGCCUAAAGCUUACAUAAAUAGAUGUUAAAAAAUCGUUAAAUUAAUUACGGUAUUUCAGAUAUUUAUGAGGAGUUUAAAAUGUUUUUGAUACAAAACUCACUCAGAUUAACUUAAUUUACAGAAAGUGUCAUUUUUUCAAUAAUUAAAUUUACUGCAAUUCUGAAAUGUGAGGGAAUGUUUCUGCAACUAUAAGAACAUUAGGCUGUCAGCCUUGUUUAAUAUCAUUGGAAACUGGGAGUACCCGAACUCUGAAAUAAAUCUAGUUUCAUCGAUCUUUUUUCUGUAUAUCUUAUCAGAUAAUAUUACAAUACUCUCGUAUUUAAUAAGCGGUGCAAUCAUAGUUUAACAGUGUAGUUAUAAAUUUCAGUGAAAACCGACGAACAAUGUUUCUUGCAACUGUUUUUAAUUCAGUUAAAAAACUUUGUUGCUGCUGUUGUAGUCAACAACUCGAUGAAGAUAAUGUGAUAACAGAAAGUGUUGAAGACGGUGGUGUAGAACAAAAUUUUAGUGCCGAAAACAUUUCUCCGAAUACUUAUGCCGAAAAUUUUCGAAAUAGUACACGAAAUAGACAAGAACUAAAACCUUGUAUUAAUUCCCAGCAGCGUAAAUUUGAUGAUUUUGUUGAUAAAAAUGUGGACGAAGAUAAUCUAAGCAAGCGAGUCCAUCAACAGAUUCCCCAAGUUCAUCAGACACAAACUGUCUAUGAAAAAGUUUCGAUAUUUGUUAUACUUAGGUGUUUCACAAAAUUACUGAAUUUUUUUUAAGGAAAAAACAGGGGCAAAAUUUACUCAUUAUGCCGACGAUUUUCAAAAUAGACGAAAACCAAAACCUUUGGUUAUUUCUCAGCAGCCAUUUAAUCGUAGAUUUGAUUUUUUCGUUGAUAAAAAUGUGGAUGAAGAUAAAUCAACUACACGAGUCUUUCGAGAGAUUCCUCAAGUUCACCACACAAGGACUGUCCAUGAGGACGUUCCGGAAAAAUCAGCGGAGUUUUACCGCAGAAAGGCUCAGCGACACUUUGACAAAAAACGGCAAUUCCACAAAAUCGCUCAUCAAUGUAAGGAAAACGGAGAGCAUAGUCUUGCUGACCAUUACUUUAAAAAAGCCAAACUGCAAGCAAGACUGGCUGAGACGGCCAAUAACAAUGCUGCUGCUGUUGUAUUGCAAGAAAACCAAGCACGUAAUUUUACAAAAAGUACAAUCGAUCUUCAUCACCUCUAUGUGAAAGAAGCCCUUGAAGCUUUAGAUCGAUUUCUCGAUCAGGAAAUACAAUUUCUGAGGAACAAUUCUCUAAAGAGAGGCUCGCUGAGGGUGAUAACAGGGCGAGGAAAGCAUAGUGCUAAUGGAAUUCCCAAAAUCAAGCCUGCAGUCAUUGCACGACUUGAGGAAAGGAAUCUGAAGUAUAAUCAUAUCAAUCCGGGGUAUUUAAGAGUUGUGAUUUCGAAAAAUUCUGAGUUCGGCAAUAGCGCAUUUAGAACUUCACCGUUAAGAUUAUGAUUACUGGCUAAUUGAAUGCACUAUUAAUGGAAACAAUAUGAAAAACCUAAUCAGUUUUAUCGUAUUAUCUUAUCGGAUUUACAAAGUGUCUGAAUAAAGGAAACAUUAUUUUUUUGUUCAUUGUUUAUUUACCUACUGCCCUUUGGAGUGUGAUCGAUCGCCUCUAUUCAGAAAGUGUAAAAAUGUGCAACUCCGCCUCAACCAAAGAACCUGAAAUGUUUGGUGGAAGAAAAAGUGAUUACGCACAGAAGAGUUACCUUCGCCGCUUUUUUGAUUAUAUAAUCAACGGUUUUAAACAAUUUUUUUGGAAAGGAAACCAGUUAGCAAUCAAGCGCAAUGAAGGCUUUUUCAAAAUAAAACUCGGAGAAGAAGUGAUUACCCAACUUGCCCAGAUGUUUUCGGAUUCGGACUUCCUUAUCCCUUCUGGAUUUGUAACAGUUGUGGAAAUUCCUGUUUCAAUCGGUAAACAAUUGUAUGCGGCUUGCAUUGAAGCAAUUCUUCGGGAGAAGGAAGCACAAGACGAGUUGCUAAAUGAACUGGUAAACGAACAUGACGAAUUCAGAAAAAUUCUACAAGAACUGGGAGGUGAUUUUGACUAUUCGACCGAGUACAUUGAAGAUGAUAAAACUUACAUAGUUGGAAAUAUGGAGGAUUAUUGUGUAGUUGACGGAGCUGAAACAUCUUCCAUUGCCACGUAUCGCCAAAAGGCCAAAACACAUCUCAAAGAACGGAAAAAGUUCCUGCAUGAAGCUCAUAAAUGGGCAAAAUUACAAAACAAACAUUUCGCCCAACAAAACUUUGCUCAAGCUCAGAAACACUUCCAACAAUACGAAGCAGCGAGUAAAAUGGUGUUUAAGAUUCUUUUCGAAAGAUGUUUCAAACAGAUUUCGAAUCAGAGCUGCGUCGAUCUUCACGGUUUUACGGUUGGUGAUGCUAUUGGGGUCCUGGAUGAAUUUUUAGAUAAGAAUAUCGAACAGUUAGAAAAUGGACCUGUGGAUGUUAAGUCCCUAAUGGUGAUAACGGGUCAAGGAAAGCAUAGUGUCGGUGGUAUUGCGAAAAUUAAACCUGCGGUAUGUGAAAGGCUCAAAGCAAGGGGUUUGAGAUAUUCCAUGGUAAAUCCAGGGCUUUUGAAAGUUAAGAUACAAUUCGACUCACUUCUGGCCGAGGAAGUGUUGUAGAAAGCUAGGAUUAUAUUAGAGUGCGCAUUAUUCUUUUGGAUUAAUUAAUAAGUUUUCGUUUAUUUUUCUUUCCCCGAAAAAAUCGCGGCUAUAACCUUUACGUGUUUUUAUCUUCAAGUCUUCUUUUCACUCUACUUUAAUUUCCAAAAGAAAUGAAUACAUUCAUAUAUUAGUCACUCGGCGUAAUUGCUUGAAAAUUCUAGGAAAAUUUUAUUUUACAUUUGUAAGAAAAACAAAUAAAAACAAAAAUGUAUGUAGGUACUGUCAUAAGGUACUUAAUAAAAUAUUCAAAACCUCUGUUCAAAUCCGUUUUAUUUUUUUAACUUAAUGAAUAUAAAUCCCGUAAAUUAUGGAACAGAUAAGUCUUCGGCAAAGUGUGUGAUUGGUUGGGAUUGCGAAGAAACAAAAAUAUGUUUAUGUAAAUUAGCUACACUAGAGGAUAACUAUUAUUUUUCUAAAAAAGCAUGCACAACAUUUGUGAUAACAGCAACAAAGAAUGAUGGAAUUGUCACGAAAUUUCACUCAGAAUCGGCAAACGUUGGCUCGCUGGUUGUGCUCGUGACAGUCACAACUUCUCUUAAGCAGAGAUAAGGCCUCAAGCAAGCGUGUGAAAAACCAAAGAUUAAGUGAAAAAUUUGGCAAUUUUCGUACAUAAUACUUUGAUAACGCGAGUAAUAUUAUAUUAUGUAAAAAGUGAAGCCAGUGAAGUCAUUCUCACACGUGUUUUUUUAUUAUCAGUGCAGCCAAUCGCAGUUAAACUCUACUGCAUUGUUGUGUCUCAGCACUAAAAGUCCAUAGUGGAUUAUGGAUGAAUCCAACGCAAUUUUCCAACUUUCGACUCGAUUCCCUAACAAAUCUCGAGAUUAUCUACUUCGGAAGUACUACCAGUGUGAUUGCAGCCUAAAUGCAACAAUCGAUGCAAUCACCAACGACGAUUCCGAAGAAGUGUCUCUCUGUGACCGCUUUCUCGACUCUCUUUUUACAUGUUUCGGUAACUUGUUUUGCUGUUGGGAUGGCCCCUCAUACACCGACGUCCAAGAAAGGAGCAACGAGCGCCAAACUCCACGAGGAGUCAUUACAACUUCAAGUGUACUUCAAGAGCUGCCUCAAGUUCAUCAAGCGACCACCAAUGCGGCGUUUUACCGCGAACAAGCCCAACAGCAUUUAGAGAAGAAACGCGAAUUGAAUCGGAGGGCUCACCAGUAUAAACAGGAGGGGAAACACAGGCUUGCCCAUGAUUGUUUUGAAGAAGCAAAAAUACAGACGAAACUGCACGAUGAAGCCAACAGUCGGGCAGCUGCUGCAUUUUUAGAAGAAAAUUACAGGAAAUAUCCAAGUAAUGAUACAAUUGAUUUGCAUUAUCUUUACGUGAAGGAGGCGAUCCGGGCCUUGGAUAUUUUUCUGGACGAUCAAAUUUCACACUUGAGGGACGAUAGUUUAAACUCGAAAGGGCUCAGUGUUAUCACAGGGCGAGGGAAGCAUAGUGAGAAUGGGGUUCCCAAAAUUAAGCCAGCUGUUAUUGAACGAUUGCAAGCAAGAAGGCUUAAGUUUUCGGAAGUCAAUGCGGGCUGUUUGAAAGUCUAUAUUUGUAAAACUUCACCUUUAACCAAUGAUCUAAGUUAGAGAGGCUCUUUUAUUUUACCAAAGACUGAACAAAGAUUGUGUUAGCGUUUUUAUUUUGUCAAUGUAAUCGUACAUUAUUAUUUAACCGUAUUUUUGUAAUACAUUUUUUACUUUGUUAUUUUUAUAGUUUUUUCAAAUAAAUAUUUUUUGUCUCAA